CUGUGCGAAGUGGGCGGGACUUCAGUCUAUGAUCUCCUUCCGGAAACUAACAAAACACACACACGUACACACGUGUGAGAAAAGCUCGCAUUCAACGCAGUCUGCAUCCUCCUAAAUAUCACAAGACGUAGGUUGGCUCUGAUGGCUGAAGCAGAGCCCACUCCUGUCCCUGCUCUGGUCGGAGAAAAGAGAAGCUGUCCCGAGGCUGAAGAGGAAGACACGCCAUCAAAGAAACUCAGAGUCGAGAAGGAUGACAAGAAUGGAGGUCCUCCCAAACCAGACGAGGAGGAAGAGGCUGAGGGAGGAGCAAGUGAUGGAGAGGAGGAGGGUGAGACCUUUGCUGAUAUGAUGAAGCAUGGCCUCACUGAGGUGGAUGUUGGCAUCCUGAAGUAUGUCAGUGACCACGAGGGCUUCUCAGGAAUCCUGAAGGAAAGAUAUUCAGAUUUUGUGGUGCAUGAAAUCAACAAACAAGGCAAAAUAGUGCAUUUGGAUGACCUCUCAAUCCCUGCAGAGGUCGAGGCACCCGCAGAGGUUGAAGAGCCGCCGAUUGAUUCUGAUGUGCUGACUGAAGAGCAGAAAAAGCAGCUUGGGGAGCUGCAGCUCUUCAGGAACAAAGAGACCAAUGUUUCUAUUGAGGUGGUGGAUGACACAAAAGAGAAGAGGACGCUGGUUCACAAAGCCAUCAAGACUCAGUUUCCUGGUGUGGAAACAAAGACAGAAGAGAAGGACGGGCGCAGGUUCAUAGUGGCGUACCACGUUGCUGGGAAGAAAGCUCUGGCAGCUCCAAGGAAACACUUCUGGCCCAAAAACCGAGGCAGUUUCUGUCACUUUGUCCUGUACAAGGAGAACAAGGACACCAUGGAUGCUAUCAAUGUGCUGUCAAAGUUCCUCAGGCUUAGACCUAACAUGUUUUCCUACAUGGGAACCAAGGACAAGAGAGCCGUCACUGUGCAGGAGAUUGCAGUGCUCAAGAUCACAGCAGAGAGGUUGGCUCACCUCAACAAGUGCCUCAUGAACCUCAAGCUGGGAAACUUCUGCUACAAAAACCACCCUCUGAAGCUGGGGGAGCUGCAGGGAAACCACUUCACUGUGGUCAUCAGGAACAUCUCAGGGACAGAAGAGCAGGUCAAUCAGGCCAUGACUUCCCUCAGGCAGACAGGAUUCAUCAACUACUAUGGCAUGCAGCGUUUUGGCACCACAGCUGUGCCCACACAACAGGUUGGCAGGGCAAUCCUGAGAAACGACUGGAAGGAGGUGGUGGAUUUAAUCUUAAAGCCUCGUCCCGGAGCGGAGAAAGAGUUCCUGGUGCGCUGCAGGGAGGAGUGGGCGAAAACUCAGGACCCAGAGGCCGCUCUGAAAAAGCUGCCCAACAAGCGCUGUGUGGAGGGGCAGCUGCUGAGAGGCCUGUCCAUGUACGGCAAGAAGAACAUCGUCACUGCCUUUGGACUGAUCCCUCGUAACAACCGUCUGAUGUACAUACACAGCUACCAGAGCAAGGUGUGGAACACCAUGGUGAGCCGCAGGAUCGAAGCCUUCGGCCUGAAGGCUGUGGAGGGAGACCUGGUGCUGCGAGGAACCACAGCACAUGUGCUGUCUGCAGAGGAGGCCGAGACUCACUCCAUCCAUGACAUUGUGAUGCCAUUACCUGGGUUUGAUGUCAUCUACCCGACUCAUCACGUGGGUAAAGGAUAUGGAGAGAUGCUCUCUGUGGACGGCUUGGACAUCGACAACAUGAGACACAAAGUGAAGGACUAUUCUCUUGCUGGAGCGUACAGACGCGUCAUCAUCAGACCCAGCGACGUUAGCUGGGAGGUGAUUCAGUACGACGACCCCAGGAUCUCACUGGUGCACAGUGAUUUUGAGAAGCUGGAGAACAAACCUGCUCCUGUCUUUAACAAAGAGGGGAAGUAUAGAGCCCUGCGGUUGGAGUUCUCCCUCCCCCCCUCCACCUACGCCACCAUGGCCAUCAGAGAGGUCCUAAAGCUGGACACAAGCAUCAAGAAGCAGACACAGCUCAACACAACCUGGUUUAACUGAGACCUGAAACACAUUCUGGUGCUGCUGCAGGCUACAAAGCACCCGUCUACUGUGGCUACUUACUGUUGUGAGUGUUAUUAAGUGUACUACUGUAUGUGUGUGUCUGUGUGAGAGAGAGAGAGCAGUUCUGGUUCUGUGUGAACCCAAAGAGAAUUUCUUUGAAGUACAAAGAGCAACAAUUUAUCACUCUUCAACUUUUUGUUUUUUUAAAUUAAGUUUUUACUUGCUCUGGAGUAUUUCAGCGCUCUAAUGACUCAGCAUAUUUCGACGAUGAUUUAAGUGAACCUUGUGCUUUGAGGCUGCCGUCUCACACAGUUGUAUCAGACUGCACAGAGUACUCAUAAUGUGCUUUUUGUACAGAAAUAUGAAUCUGUUAUUUUUUAAGACUGAGCUGAAUGUGUGAAUUGAACUGAUCUCUUGAAAAGAGAAAAUAAACAUGUUGAGUUUAUUGUU